UUAGAGAAACAUUUUCAAAUGAUAAUCAAUAUCAAUUGACUUUUCACAGUAGUUUUGUUAAUACAUUAUGUUUUAAAUUGUAUUUUCGAUGGUACUAUUUUUACAUCUUGUCGUUGUGUAAAAGCGCGCAGUUCACACAGUAUCUAAUAGUUAAUAUUGUAGUAUCUUUUUAAAAUAUUCUUGCGUCAGCUAGAAUUUUAACUAAACGUUACGAUCUAAAAAUUACGAAAUAUACGAAGUGUAAUUAUAUUAUGCAGAUUAUUGAAAUUUAUAAAGUGAAAUUUCCAUAUUAAGAUGUUCCGUCGAAUUAUUUAUUGUAUUAAUCUCGUUAAACGAUAGUUGCCAAAUCCAUAUUACGAAAUCGUGUUGUAUAAAAAAAUGUUCUUGGUCAUCGCAAGUUAGUGUUGCUGUGUAUUGUGGACGUUAUAAAAUGGGUUUAAAACAUAAUUAGCAUCGUAUUAUUUAGGUUAGAAAACUAUGAUUAGUAGAUUUAUGAAAAUACAGAUGAGAUCUAUGAGUUGAUAAUGUUUGUAAUAUAUGAAUGAGAUAUGCAGGAUCAAAUCAAACAAAGACUUUUGCGUACUUUUCUUGCAAUAUUUGGAUAUAACUUGCAUGUCUACGUUAAAGAUGUCUGCCGUAGAGGCACCACCUUUUAUUCGAACCAUAGAAUGGGAUAUGAUGGACAAAACAAAGUUUUUUCCAUUGAGUAUGUUGUCAUCAUUCUCUGUACGAUGCUGCCUCUAUCCUCUUACUGUAAUAAAAACCCGUCUUCAAAUACAGAGACAUAAUGUUAUGUAUAAUGGAAUGAUAGAUGCCUGCAGAAAAAUUUAUAAACUGGAAGGAUUUUCUGGGCUCUAUAGAGGUUUUUGGAUAAGUUCUAUACAAAUUGUAUCUGGAGUAUUUUAUGUAUCGACUUAUGAAGGAGUGCGUCACUUAUUAGGAAGAGAACCUCUUGCUCUUCGUAUAGAUUCUCUUGUAAAAGCAUUGAUUGCAGGAGGUGCUGCUAGUUUAGUAGGUCAAACAAUAGUUGUACCAUUUGAUAUUCUCAGCCAACAUCUAAUGGUUCUUGGGAUCAAUAACAAAAGUGGUAAAAUUUAUAUAGAUAAGUUAGGGAUGAACCCAUUAGGUUUAAAUCUAGAGCCUGGUAGGUCGCGUGCUCAUAUAUCUAUAGAAGUUGUAAGAUCAAUAUAUCAAAGAGAUGGUUAUAAAGGUUUUUAUCGUGGAUAUGUAGCAUCUUUAUGCGCAUAUGUACCGAAUAGUGCUCUUUGGUGGGGUCUAUAUACGGUAUAUCAAGAUGAACUUAUAAAGAUAUUUCCAAUAUGGUUUUCACACUUAUUCAUCCAGGCAGUGGCUGGUACACUUGGUGGUUUUACAACAACUAUUAUUACGAAUCCAUUAGACAUUGUAAGAGCAAGGCUACAAGUGCAAAGAUUAGAUAGUAUGCUUACUGCAUUCAAGAUUUUGUGGAUUGAAGAAGGACUUAAAAUGUUUACAAAGGGGUUAUCGGCUCGUCUUGUUCAAUCAGCUUGUUUCAGUUUUACAAUAAUAUUAGGAUAUGAAACUAUCAAGAGAGUUAGUAUCAAUGAAGAAUAUAAAAAUUUUAUCAGAUGGUGAAUUUAAAAUGUCCAUUCGUAGAAAUGUACAUUUCAACGAAAUAAAAUGCAUUUUAUUAAAAAAUACAUAUAUGAAAGCACAGAUGUGCAAACGAAAUCUCUAGAAGAGAAGUAAAAAAAAUUGAAUAUAUAUAUAUACACACAUACGCAUAUAUGA